CUUAAACAGAAGUUAAAUUAAACAGAAUUCAUAAACAAUGUCUCAACAGCAAACAAAAAACUGUAUCACAUUGCGAGGCUCAGCGCAAAUACUUUGUGAAUAUUUAAAAUUUGCCAUAAACUCAGUAUUAUUUCAAAGAGGAUUGUACCCACCUGAAACUUUCAAAGCCGAGCAACAGUAUGGAAUAACUCUCCUUCUUUCAGAAGAUCCUCUUAUAAAGGAUUUCUUAACAAAUUUACUGACCCAAAGUGAAGAAUGGAUUGUUAACAAGAAAGUGGACAAAUUGUCCUUAAUAAUAUUAAAUGUUGCCACGAAAGAGGUUUUGGAGUGUUGGGAUUUCAAUGUUCAGUAUGAAGAUGGUGAUGUUGCCUUAUCUAAAGAAAAGAAUGAGACGGUCAGUAGCAAAGACUUGAAGAAGAUAAAACAGGAAAUUCGCGAUGUUAUGCUACAGAUUGCCGCAACUAUAUCUUACUUACCAUUCCUCGAUUGUCGAUGUUCAUUUGAUGUCUUAGUGCAUGCCAGACCUGACUGUGAUAUUCCUGAGAAGUGGGCGGAAGCCAAGCCAGUGGAAAUCACUAAUGCUCAAAAUGUACAGUUAAAAUCAUUCUCUACUAGCUUAAACAAAAUGGAAACUGUUGUUAGUUAUAAGCUUACUGAUUAAGAAUUGUAAAUCUGUGUGGUUGUUGAUAAAAGUAAUGUUAAAUAAUA